CUGUGGCUUCACCCAUCGCUUGGCGCGAGAAUUAAAAUAUCUGCUACAGACUGUUCUCAUUGGCCGCCUGAAGAAACAAAAGCUCCAGAGCAGAGCUGAAGGCUCUUCAUUCCCACUUCCACUUCCACCUCCACCUCCUGCUCCUGCUCCUGCUCCUCUCAGCAACCCGCCUUUUCAGGACUUAAGAGAAGAUGGCAUCUCCAUUGCAAGACGCAAUAUCGACCAUCGUUGCUGUGUUCAACAGCUAUUCUGCAAGGGAAGGCGAUAAGUACAAGCUAAACAAAGCAGAGCUGGCCACCCUGUUUAGGGAACAACUACCAGAAUACAUGGAAAAAAGCGAAUGUUCCAAGACCGUGGAACAAAUCAUGAAUGAUCUGGAUCUGGACAAGGACGGUGAGGUGGACUUCAAAGAGUUCAUGAACCUGACUGCCACGUUGACCUGCUUUUGCAAUGAAUUCUUUGUAGACUUUAUGAAAUACCUUGAGUGUGAGGGUGAGUGUGAGGGUGGGGAUGGAGAGGGGGAGGGGAAAGGGCAAGAGCAGAAGAAAUGCCCCAUCUGAUUCAUACCCACUGUUGCAUGGUCGUGCAUCUGGAAAAUAAAAGAACUAUAAAAUGUU